AUGGCGAGGUGGAACUUGCGAAGCGCCGCACUGUGGUCGGCCGUUCUCGUUGCACGAGUGGCGGCCGAGGACAUCCUCACGACCAGCGGCUUCAAGAACUGCAACACCACCUCCGAUAUCAGCGUGGACAAGGUCGACAUCUCGUACAAUGCGGCCGCCAAAGUCGUCACCUUUGACCUUGCAGGCAGCAGCAACAAGGUCCAGAAUGUGACGGCAACCCUCAAGGUCUCGGCUUACGGCCAGGAGGUCUACACUCAGAGCUUCGAGCCUUGCGACCCGGCCACGUUCGUCAAGCAGCUCUGCCCGGUCCCCGCCGGUAACUUCUCGGCUCGCGGCACGCAGGAGCUCCCCGCCGAGGCCGCGUCUAUGAUCCCAGCCAUCGCCUUCCAGAUCCCCGACAUUGCGGCCUUCGCCUCCGUCACGCUCAAGAACAUGGAUACUGGCGUCGAGGCCGGUUGCGUUCAGUCUCAAGUAUCCAACGGCAAGACCAUGAACGUGCCUUCAGUGUCGUAUGUGGCUGCAGGCAUCGCUGGUGCUGCCCUCGUGCUCAGUGGUGUUUCGGCCGCCAGUGCUGGUAUCGCCAGUGUUGGUGCGUCGGCGGCCGGAGGCACAGGAACCACGAGCCCGGGCUUCUCAGAGGUCAUGGGCGUAUUCCAGUCGUUUGCUUCGUAUGGCAUGCUCUCGGUCAAUCUCCCUCCAGUAUACCGUGGUUUUACCAAGAACUUUGGUUUUUCGAUGGGUAUCAUCCCGUGGUCAAGCAUGCAGAUUGCCAUCGACGACUUCCGAGGAUCGACCGGGGGUAAUCUCACCAGAGACAGCUUCAAGCUCUUGCAAAACACCACUCUGGUCUUCCCCGACGGCACCACUGGGAAACCUCAGCCGCCCGCCUUCAAGAGGGCCGUCCACGAAUUCCUCACCCUCGCAACUCGCCAGGUCGAGACGUCGGUCAACGGCACGCUCGACGGCGAUGGCGGCUCGGCGGCUCAGCCGACAGGAAUCGAGUCCACAGUCUCUGGUAUUGAGGCAUACGUCAAACAACUAUCCGUGCCUUCGUACAACAGCUUUAUGACGGUACUCUUGAUCACCGCCAUCAUCAUCGCCGUCAUCAUCUUCAGCAUGCUGCUUGUCAAGGUUGUUCUCGAGGCGUGGUCAAUCUGGGGCAAAUUCCCCGAGUCGCUGAAGGGUUUCCGUGAGCACUACUGGGGCUCGAUUGCACGAUCCAUCACCUCGCUCAUCAUGUUGCUCUACGGCGUCUGGGUGCUCUACUCUGUGUACCAGUUCACCCACGGCGACUCGUGGGCAGCCAUGACUCUGGCGGGUGUCACGCUCGGUCUGUUCACCGGCAUUCUGGGCUUCUUCACCUUCAAGAUUUGGUGGAUUACCCGGAAGCUCAAGGAGAGCGAGGGCGACACGGCGGGCCUCUACGAGGACAAGGACACCUGGGUCAAGUACAGCCUCUUCUACGAGGCCUACAAGAAGAGCUACUGGUGGGUCUUCGUGCCUGUCAUCCUGUACAUGCUGUCCAAGGGCCUUGUCAUGGCCGCUCUGGACGGUUCCGGCAUGUCGCAGACCAUUGGCCUGCUCAUCGUGGAAGCUCUCAUGCUCGGCGUCCUGCUCUGGAACAGACCCUUUGAGCGCAAGUCCUCCAACAUCAUCAACAUUGCCAUCCAGGUCGUGCGCGUGCUCUCGGUCGUCUGCAUCCUGGUCUUCGUCGACCAGUUUGGCAUCUCGCAGUCGACACAGACUGUGGUCGGUGUCGUCCUGAUUGUCAUGCAGUCGACUCUUGCUGGUGUUUUGGCUAUACUGCUCGUAUGGAACGCCAUCAUCAUCUGCUGCAAGGAGAACCCCCACCGCAAGCGCAGAAAGCAGAUGGAGAAGGAGAGGCUGGAGCGCGAGGCCGAGAAUCUGACUCCCCUCGACGCCAACAACGCUCUUCUCAUGGGCUCGGGCAAGGAGUCGACGACCACAUUUGCCGUCACCAGCACUGUUAUGGACGAGAAGAAGGGCCUUUACGACCCGAUGGCCGCACCGUACCAGGGUAACGCUUAUGACCAGCCGUCCACAAAGGCCAACAACUUGAGUCUCCCGGGCGACCAGUAUCACCGGGCCCUGACCCCGUCGCUUCCCUUCGGCCAGGAUCAGAGCCAGGCCGGGUUGCUUGGUAACGCGGCGCCGAUGGGGAACCAGCCCGGGUAUCAGCAAGGUUACGCCCAGGGUGGCUAUGGGGGCUAUCGUGGCGGUUACUAA